AGUGUGCUUUUCGAGCUGCGUCAACUGCAAAGCAUUUGCUAAGGCUCCAUCAAUUUCGAAUCCAAACAAAACGAAAAAAGCAAGUGACAAGGCAAGCGACAAUGGCAAACAUUUCCGUGGUGCGUAUCAAGUGCGAGCUGGUCAAAUUGCUGCAGAGCGAGGAAGCUCGUCAGGGUUGGAUCAAAAUCGAGCUGGUCAACGGAAGCUGGACCGAAUUGCGUGCUGAGAUAAUUGGUCCUAAGGACACGCCCUACGAGGGCGGCCGGUUUGCGCUGGAGAUCAAAGUACCGGAUGACUAUCCGUUUGAGCCGCCAAAAGUGCGUUUCACCACAUGUAUUUGGUAUCCGAAUAUAUCGUUCGUAUCUGGCAUGAUCUGUCAGGACAAACUGAAGUUCAGUUGGUCAGCGGCGAUAACAUUGCGCACAACAUUGCUAUCGCUUCAGGCGCUGCUAUCUGCUCCCGAGCCGAACGAGCCACAGAACAUUGUGGCGUCCACGCAGUAUAAGGAAAAGCAUGAUUUAUUUAUCGUCACGGCAAAGCAUUGGACUGCAGCCUAUGCCGGGGGUUCUUUCAGUUCUGCCGACUGCGAUGCCAAGAUCCAGCGGUGUCGAUGA